AUGUCUGACGUCCAGAAGCCUGUUGAGGAGACCCCCGCGGCCACUCCUGCCGCUGCUCCUGCCGCUGAGACUCCUGCUGCGACUGAGACCCCCGCCACUGAGGCUCCCGCUGCUGAGACCACCCAGGAGACUCCUGCUGAGACCACUGAGGCCGCCCCCGCUGCCGAAAACACUGAGGCUCCCGCCGAAGAGCCCAAGGAGGACAAGAAGGAGGAAGCCAAGGAGGUCACCCCCGCCACUGAGGGUGUUCUCGGCUACAAGGGCCCCGGUCUCGUCAAGGGUCUUCGUUUCGCCAAGCGCUUCUUCUACUUCAACGACGAGGCCGUCGAGGCCAAGCAGCUGUCCGUCUUCCAGCAGAACGAGAAGCCCGCUGUCGCCAACCCCACUGUCGCCUGGGCUACCCAGACCGGCAAGGGUCUUCUCUUCUUGACCAAGCGCGCUGAGGACAAGGCUACCCCCGCUGGUGUCUUCAACUUGGCCGAGGUUGCCGACAUCACCAAGGAUGGCUCCAACGAGGUCCUCUUCAAGGUCAACGGCCAGAAGCACACUUUCCAGGCUGCCAACGCUGGUGAGCGUGACAGCUGGUUCGCCGCCCUCGAGGCAAAGGCUGCUGAGGCCAAGGCCGAGAAGGAGACCAUUGUCGCUAGUGAGGGAUACAAGGCCGAGCUUGAGAAGCUGACCAACCCCGCUGCCGCUGAGAAGAAGGAAAAGGCCGCUGAGCCCAAGGAGGAGGCCAAGGAAGAAGCCAAGGACGAGGCUGCCCCCGCUGAGGAGCCCAAGGACAAGGCCACUGCCAAGAGCCGCUCCCAGUCCCGCAAGAGGACUAGCAUCUUCGGUACUCUCCUCGGUAAGAAGGAAGAGGCCGAAGAGAAGAAGGAAGAGGACAAGCCCGCUGAGGAGGCCAAGCCCGCUGAGGCUACCACUGAGACUACCGCCGAGGCUGCUCCUGCUGCUGAGUCUUCCGCUGAGGCUGCUGCUCCUGCUGAGACCACCGAGAACAAGGAGGAACAGAAGGAAGAAAAGAAGGAAGAGGCCAAGGAGGAGAAGAAGGAGGAGAAGACCGAAAAGGCUGAGAAGGCCCAGAAGUCCAAGCGUGCUUCCCUCUUCGGUGGCUUCUUCCAGAAGGUCACCAGCCCUUCCCAGGAGAAGACUGAGAAGGAGGCCACCGCCCCUGCUGAGACCCCUGUCGCCAGCACUGCUCCCCAGCUCGAGAACCCCGUCGAGGAGGCCGCUGUCAAGCCCAUUGAGCCUGAGAGCGUGACCGCCCCCGCUGAGGGUGAGGCCGCCAAGGACGCUGCUGCUCCUGCUGAGACUCCUGCCACUGAGACUACCGCCGCUGCCACCAAGGAGAAGCGCCGUACUUCUCUCUUCUUCGGCAAGAAGAAGGCUGGUGAGUCUGACAACGAGGCCGAGGGUGAGGCCAAGCCCAAGGGCAACAAGCUCGGUGGUCUCUUCCGCCGCUCCAGCAAGGCCGUGAAGUUGGACAAGGAGGAGGCUCCUGCCGCCGACGCCGAGGCCAAGGCUGACAAGCCCGAGCCCAUCUCCAAGGACGCUCCUGUUGAGGAGGCCCCCGCCGCUGAGGAAGCUGCUCAGCCCGCCGAGGCCCCCGCUACCGAGGAGGCCAAGCCCGCCAACGUUGCCUCGACCUCCACCCCCGUCCAGGCUGCUGCAUGA